AUGAACAACAACAACUCUUUAAUAUUGGAAUAUCACCUAUAUGAUACUAUUUAGUUGAUUAAAAAUAAUAAAUACAAAAAAUUUAUCAAUUUAAGUAGAAAAUUACUUUGUCACCCUUAUUUGAUCAAUGAUACAUUUUACAUACAAUUAAAUAUUUAACUAAUUAGGAGAUUAUUAUAUUGUUAACUUAAAGUCAUCAAGAAAUAUAUAUUCAACUUUAGUUAGAAACAACAAACUAUUUUAGAAGUUUUAAUAACUUGCAUGAAUUUAUGUUAAAAUUAUCAAAUUUUGCUUAAUAAAUAUUAAAUUUCUUUAGAUGAAAAAUAGAUAAACGAAAAAUAAAUUUCUAGAAAAUAAAAAUUUUUAAAUGAACCAAAUAAAUUAACAAUUAAAUAAUUUGCAAAUAUUUUUGAUAAAUUAGAACCAGACAGCAAAUCUAAAAUUUGGAUUUAAUAUUAAUAAUAGCAACUAUUUUGUUACUUUUAAAAAACUUUACUUUUUAAUUAUCUAUAUUGCAAAAUAUCUUUAUUAAAAGAGGCUCCUCUUUUUUUGUUUAAAUUGUAAAUGUUGAAACCUAUCUUCACAUUUUAAUCAUAACUUUUAUAUUUUUAAACAUUAACCCUAAAAAAUGCUGCUUAAUUUGAAUUAUCCAAUACUACCAAUAAUGAUGCAUUAGAAUAUGGAUUUUAAAUGUUAUUAAACUCUCUUCGAGAAUAUCAUAAAUCAUAAACAAAUUUAAUAAAUUUAUAAAAAUAAUUGAUAAAAAUAACAACUACAUUAAUAAUAAAUUUAGACAUUCAAAGCAAAUCUUAUGAAAUUAAUGAUAAUCAUUUAGAAUGUAUUUAAUCUUUGAAUUUGGCUCACUUUUUAGCCUAUCAAAUUUUAAAACCUUUGAAAGCUAAAUCAGAAUUCAUUGAAUAUAUAACUUAAGAAUUUGAUUUCGUAAAUGAAAAAUUUGAAUAAAUUUUAUUAGAAGAUCAAGAUUUAACUAAAUUUACAUAAUUUCUUUAUGGUUAUCAUUUGAAUUAAAAAUAAAAUAUCAAAAUUAUUGCUAAUUCUAAACUUUAAGAAAUGAUUAAAGCAAAACUCUCAGAAAAAAAGAGUACAUAAUUUUAAAAAGGAUUUAAGACUGUUGAUAGUAAUUAAUGUAUAUUUGCCUCACAUAGUUAGGAUAAAUUGACAAUGUAAGAUUAUUUACCCAUUAAAAUAAAAUCAUAUCAUCACAAUAAUUCAACGGCUUUGUCAAAUCCCUAUUCUUCAACUUCAAUUAAUAAUACUGUCAAUUUUAACACAAUUAUUAAAGAAUCUCCAUCAACUAAAAAAGAGAGAAUAAAUUAAAAUGCUUGUCCUAGUAGUUUUUUAAGUUAAAAUAGUGUUUAAAUCAUUAAAUAAAAAAAUUAAGAAAUUCCAAAAAAACGCCAAAUUUCUGUAAAGCAUAAACGAUCUAUUACUAAUUCAGAACAUAAAAGUAGUUAUUUAAGUUAAUUAAUUAAUUUAAGAUAAAAAUCAAAUUUGAGAAUAAGAGAUGAAAUGAGUGAAUUAGAAAAAAAUCAUCAUAAAUUAAUCAAUAAACUAAAUAAUCAAUAAAAAUCUACUAAAGUAUCAACAAUAGAUGAAUUUUUUAAUAAGAAAAUAGAGGCAAUAGCAUUUGAAGAAUGUUUAACAUUAGAUUAAAUAAAAGAUACAGCAAAGAAAAUAAUUUAAACAGAAUGGGAGAUUCAUAAAGAAAUGCCAGUAACUAAAAGUUUGAUGAAAUCUAUAUCAGUUUUUGAUAUUUAAGUUGAAUAGAAAUAGGCAAUAUAUAAUAAACUUUAAGAGUAUAGAGAAAUACAAAAUGUUGAUUAUUACAACACAGAGAAGGAUCGAGCUUAAGAUUAAAUGGAAUAAACAAAAGAAGUUAAAAAAUUAAAAAUAAAUCAAUAAAGAUUUUCAAUGAGAAAUAGAAGUAGCUAAUAAAGUUUAUUGAAUUCUCAUUAGAUUUAAUCUUUAGUAAUCAAUGAUACCAAGAUUUAAGAAUAAUUAACUUAGUCGAUUUUAGAGUAAUAAAAUUCAGGCGAAUAGAAUAUUGAAAUGAAAGUAUCACCAAGAUUAUCUAGGAAGAAUAAUUCGAUGUUUUAUAAUUAAAAUUAAGAGUAAAAUAAUUAAAAGAAAGGAUAUUCAUUAGUAAAAGGAUAGUUGAUAGAUUUAAUGAUAAAAAAUCUUGAAUAUAGAGAUGAAUUGAAUAUGUAAGAAAAAGAGCUGAAAUAAGUAUUAUAUUUAAUAGAUUUAAUAGUUUGUAUUACCUAGAUAAUUUAGAACAAAAACUAUAUCUCCUUAAGGAGGAGAGUUCUCAUAAAAAUCCUAGAAUAUGAGUGAUUUUAAGUCAUUUGCUUAUAGUACGAAUUCAACUUAAAUUACCUCUCAACAGAUGGAAAAUAAAUUACAUAAGACAUUUAUACAUCAAAAAUAAUGA